CAAUCCACUUCUACUUCCGGCCCACCCAUUAGCCAUUACUACUCGCCGGCCUCCAACAACCCGCCCACCGCCGGUCUCCCACCACCACCACCAUGUGGCGCGCGGCCGCCUCCCGCCUCCUCCUCCUCCACUCGCGGUCUCCGUCCCCAGCCGCCGCCACCGCGGCCUGCGCUCUCCUCCACGCGCGACCCUUCUCCCCGCCGCCGCCACGGCACCCGGCGGCCCAGGCGGAGGCGGAGGCGGAGCUGGAGGUCACGCCGGCGGAGGCGCGGCGGCUGCUGCGCCUCGUGGGCGUCGAGGCGCUCAAGCGGCGGCUACGGGACGGGCGGGGCGAGGUGCUGGGGUACGGCGACCUCCUCGACGCUUGCGUGGACGCCGGCGCCGCGCGCACGCACGGCGAGGCCGAGGCGCUUGCGCGGGCCAUGGACGACGCCGGCGUCGUCCUGCUCUUCCGGGACAAGGCGUACCUCCACCCCGAGAAGGUGGUGGAUCUUGUUAGAAGGGCUGUGCCACUUGCGCUCACACCAGAGAAUGACCCAAGAAAAGAAGAGUUUAAGCAGCUCCAGGAAAAGAAGGAAGAGAUUGACAAAUUGGCACACAAGCAUGUCCGGCGUAUCCUAUGGUCUGGCUUAGGGUUCUUCAUGUGCCAAGUGGGUCUCUUCUUCCGUCUCACAUUCUGGGAGUUCUCAUGGGAUGUGAUGGAGCCGAUCGCCUUCUUCACAACGGCAUCUGGGCUGCUUGUUGGCUACUCCUAUUUCCUCAUUACCUCAAGGGACCCAACGUAUCAGGACUUCAUGGAGAGGCUGUUUUCGUCAAGGCAGAGAAAGCUUUGCGCCGCGCAUAGGUUUGAUAUGGAGAGGUACCUGGAGCUGCAGAAACAUUGUAGGUGUCCUCUGGAGGGGCAUCGUUCUCAUGGUCCCAAGCUUCAUGACUUGUAACGCCAGAACCAGAAUUUCUCCUCUGUUACCAAUUGCUUGACAGUGCCUUCUGUAGCUUGUAGAAUAUCCAAUCUACCUGUCCUUCAUAGAAAAACUAUAUUACCAGUUACUGGAGUGUCCAGAAAGAAUACAGCAAUCCCCUAACAGCUCCCGUUUAGCAAUGUGUCGAAGAUGAAUGUAACUGGAGGUGCAAAACUUGUUACUGUAGUCCUAUGCAUAUCUUGACAGAUUAUGUUGAGGACCUUCACAUGAUGAGAUGUGCUGAUAUAUGUUCCAGGCAACUAAAAAAGUUCCCACAAUA